AUUAGUUUUCACAUCCUCACAAAGUGCAACUUCUAAAACAUGUUCUCGUGCUUGUGAGUGACUGUGUGAUGUCUGCCUGCCCCCGUGACAAAUCCCUGACGCCUUCAUCCGGGACUCUUCCACCAGAUCACUCUCCAACAUGGCGGCGUCAGCUAAGAAGAAUAAGAAGAAGGGCAAGACCCUGACCCUCAAUGACUUCCUUGCGAAUGAUAGCAGUGGCAGUGCACCCCCCAGUUACCCCAGCACAAAGACCACCAGCUGGGCAGAUGAGACCGAUGACUUGGAUGGAGAUGUCUCAACUUCCUGGCAUACUGUGGAGGAUACGUAUCGAGCUCCUCCCAUCGACCGCUCCACCCUGCCAACUGCGCCUCGUGCAGCACGGGAACCAAACAUUGAUCGCUCUCGCCUGCCACGCAGCCCACCCUACACUGCCUUCCUCGGUAACCUUCCCUAUGACGUCAGUGAGGAAUCCAUCAAAGACUUCUUCAGGGGCCUUGCGAUCAGUGCAGUACGUUUGCCACGGGAGCCUAGUAACCCAGAGAGGCUUAAGGGUUUUGGUUAUGCAGAAUUUGAUGAUGUUGAAUCUUUCUUGCGCGCUCUCACUCUAAAUGAGGAGAAUCUUGGAAACAGACGGAUCCGGGUGGAUAUCGCAGAUCAAUCCAAUGACAAAGAGAGGGACAGUGGGUCAAUGAUGGGGCGAGACAGGGAUAGAGGUCGUGGGAUGGACAGUGGCCCUGAUAAGACGGAUUCUGAUUGGAGGGCACGGCCAAGCGGGGACCAGGAUGAUGGACCACGCAGAGACGAUGGAUAUGGUGACAGGUCACGUGACCGCUAUGAGUCGGACCGAUUCAGAGAUGCUCCAAGACGUGAUGAUCGUUAUGACAGCGGUCGAGAUCGCUUCAGUGGUAGAGAUCGCUACGAUGACAGAGGUAGCAGAGACUAUGAUCGUGGAGGUUUUGACUCACAUGGUGGUGGUGGUGGAGGACGACGAGGAUUCAGCAGUGCCUUCAGGCGAGACUAUGAUGACCGGCGAGAUGGAGAUCGCUUUGGAGAUCGAGAAGAGCGUUUAGACAGGAGUAAUGAUGGACGAGAUGAGAGGGGCCCUCUACAGAGGCCCAAGUUAAACCUGAAGCCACGGAGCAUCCCAAAAGAGGAGGAACAGAGUGGAAGCUUGUCUCCGCAGAGUAACACUGCUAAUUCCAGCAGGACUUCCUCUAUAUUUGGGGCAGCCAAACCUGUGGACACAGCCGCCAAGGAGAGAGAGGUGGAGGAAAGGCUGAAGAAAGAACAAGAACGACUCCAGAAACAGUUGGAAGAGGAUAAGAACAGGCCCUCAGAUAGUCGACCCCGAGACCGAGACUUGAGUUGGAGAAAUGAAGAGCCAUCUAAGGAGCGUCGACACACAGGAAGUGAAUCCUCGCAACCUAAAGGAUCUAGGAGUCAAGAUGGUGAACAUUCAGAGAAUGAAGUCUUCAGUGGACAAGAGGAUGAGCCGAUCUCUCCUGCAUGUCCAUCACCCUCUUCCAAUCAGGGAGGGCUUCCACUGAAAGUAAUGCCAGCUCCUCCACCUAAAGAGAAUGCCUGGGCCAAACGCAGCACAGGUGGUGGUCCUAAUGAGAAGGAAGGACCACCCUCAGCUGCCCCCAGCAACAAAAGCGUUCUUAAACCCAACAGGUCACCUGAAGAGAGAGUACUGGGUAAAGAUGAAAACCGGGUUGAUGGUGUUCGAAGGGAUAAAGUUGUGCCUCAGGGAAGAGGAGGAGGAGGAGGAGGAGGAGGAGGAGGAGGAGGAGGAGGAGGAGGAGGAGGAGGAGGAGUUGGGAGAGGAGGGGGUUGGGGAAGAGGAGUUGACUGUCCAAUCAACGACAAACAGAGAGAACCUGCAGACAGGAAGGAGGUCGGACAGGAACGAGAUCCCAGAAUAGCCUCAGAACCAAAGAAAUAUGAAGAGAGCACUCCUCCUCAAUUCAGUACCGCAAGUAAGUAUGCUGCCCUACUAAUGGAUGGAGACAAGGGAGAAGAAGAUGGAGAGGAAUGAACCAUUAGCAAGGAUAAACUAACUACAGAAACACAGAACAGAAGAAAAAGUGCAACUGAAUGAUCAAAUUAGAGUUUCCUCACGAUGAGGGAGUGGCAUAGCUUAAGGGAUGAUGGCCAAGGUACCCACAAUACUGUUCUCUGUCAUGGUUAUGGAAAGUUAUUCUGGUAUUCCUAAAACUGGCCCAUUUUAAUUAAAAAUAAAAUAAAACAAAUCAGUGCAGUACGUAGACACAUGCAUUCAUACAUGUAGACAUUUGAAAAUCAUUGUUAAUUUGAAAGUCAUUGUUAUAAUAAAAAAAAAUGUAAGAUACUGUAA